AUGACGCCUUCAACCCAGAAUGAAGGCUCCCGGCUUGGGUUACGCGAGCGAUUAAAUAGAUUUCGUCGCAAAUCCCGCAAUCCUUUAAACGAUGGCAGCAUUCACUCACCUUCAAGUACCCGAGAAGAUGCAGAUCUGGCGACCAAUGCAACUUCACUCCACGAUGCGGGAUCCACUGCCGACUCCCUGCCUUCCAAUCACGCGAAUGAUGCCCCUCCAGGAGGGUCGACCAACCCCGGCCAUGAUGCAGCUCAAGACGAAACGGAUCAAGUCGCUCUCCACACGGACCAUCUCGACCAGGAUUUCACUCCAGAUCGGUCGACUAUUGGUCAUGACAUGCAUAGCGUUGCUUCUUCAGACCUUUGGAGUGCAGUCUACCGGGAGGCGGUUGACAGUCUCGGGGAAGACAUAGACGUUGCUAUUCUCAAGGGCAAGAACGUCGCGCAGCUUUUCAGAGAACUCGAAGAAAUCGACAUGGAAGCAACUCAGGAAUCCGCCUUCUUGAGAGGCGUGAAAUAUUUGCAAUCCAUACAAGUGCCGCUUCAGACGUUCAAGCUGGCGUUGGACUUGGCCAGUCCAUUGACAAGUCUUGAACCAACUGCAACAACGGUUUUUAGUGUGGUAAGAAGCGUGACAGCGAUUGCUAUCAGCUUUGCAACUGCCGAUCUGGAGUUCGCAAAACAAAUCGGGGAAAUGCUGGAGCAAAUUGCCUACAUCGCUUUCUUCGGGUGGUAUAAGGAGGCUCAGGCUUCUGGGAAUGUCGAGCCAGCAGCAAAUAUCGAGCAGCUGGAAGAGCUCCUGCAAAAGGUGCUGGAAACAAUCGAUCGUCCAGUUUUUUCCCUCAUUGAUGGUCUGGAUGAGUGCGAUAGGGCCUGCACCAUCCUUCUCGACUUGUUGAAAACUUUGUCGCAAAAGAUCCCGAGGCUCAAAUCUCUCUUGUCUUCCCGCCCUCAAGAAGAGAUCUUGCGGCAGAUGGACGAGAUGGCCAGGAUUGAUCUGAGUUCCGACGCUAAGCGGGAUGGUAUCAUCGUUGAGAAAGCAGUCGAGAGACAACUGACCUAUCUGUCAAAAAAUGUCAAAGCACUUGUCAUAGAGACCCUAUCUCGUUCGGCCCAAGGAAGCGCAAUAUGGUCGAAGAUGAUAAUCGGACUUAUCGAAGUUCGGGGGAUCAGGGCGCCUGGUCCAAUGCGACUCUUUUUGGAAGAACUACCACUACCCGGGCAGCUUUCAAAGCUUUAUGCCACUUUGUUUUCACAAUGCACUUCAAAUGACCCUGAAAAUCAGGAGCUUGCCAGCACAGCCUUGAAACUUCUCGCCAUCGCUCGCAGGCCACUGAGCAUACUGGAACUCGCCUGGGCAGUGGCAUUGGGUACGGCCCAACAGGAGGUAACCACCGUGGCCGCCCUUGCUGAUUUGGUAGACCAUCAGAGGUUGAUGAGUUUUAUUCACCCGUUCAUUGCUCGUGUAGAUUUCAGCGAUGUGAAGAAGCGUCAAGUUCAACUGAUACACCAGUCGGUGAAGGAGUUCAUCAUACGAGAAUGGACCUCGAACCGGCCUUGUCUACAAGCUCGGCCUAUCUCAACGGCAACUGAUCAAGCGCGAAGUGAUGCUAAGGGGAUCAUACAGGCUACUGUCAAAUAG